GUGAUAAUGCGGACAGUGGUUCUCCUCCUCAUUAUGGGACUAGUGGAGUUGGGUGUCAGCCAGCAGUACAGCCAGUUUAAGUGGCUGUCCCAGCUGAGAGGGCGGCGGCGUCAUGCUGGCUGGCAGGCCGAGGAUGUGGACUGCCCCCUGGAGUGUGACUGCCCGUCUACCUACCCCACGGCAAUGUACUGUCACGGCCGCAACCUCCAGCAUGUGCCAUACGUCCCCUCACAUAUCAAGUACGCCUACCUUCAGCGUAACCAGAUCACAAGCAUCCAGGAUGGAGUGUUUGAUAAUGCCACUAAUCUGGUGUGGGUUGUUCUGUUUCACAAUAAGCUCAGCUCGGACAAGAUCGGCAAAAAUGUGUUCAGCAAGCUCAAGAACCUGGACCAGCUUUACUUGGAUCACAAUGAGCUCACACGAGUGCCUCCAAACUUGCCUAAGUCUAUUACAGCUCUGCGGCUUGGUCAUAACAAGAUCUCUAAAAUCAACUCCAACUCAUUCGAGGGAAUGGCAAACCUCACCACAUUACAGCUCCAAGCAAAUGCCUUAGAGGACAUUGGAGGUUUGUUCAAGGGGCUGAAGUCUCUGUCUUUGCUGGAUAUAAGGAAGAACAAGCUGAAGAAAGUCCCUGAAAACCUCCCUGACAGAGUUCAACAGCUCUACUUGGACUAUAACAACAUAGAGAGUGUUCCAGAAGGAUUUCUCACCAUGUAUCCCAAACUGCACUUUGUCCGGUUGGCUCAUAACAAGCUGACGGAGAAAGGACUUCCCUCCAAUGUCUUUAACGUCAGCACACUGAUUGAGCUUGAUCUCUCUUUCAAUAAACUGGAGAAAAUCCCUGCUGUCAGUAGGAACCUGGAGAACCUUUAUUUACAUGCCAAUAAAAUCAAAGAGUUCUCGCUGAGCAGUUUCUGUAGUACCAUCGACAUGAGAACCUUCUCCAGGCUGAGAAUGCUGCGCUUGGAUGGCAACAAGAUCAGUGCCAAAGACAUUCCUGCGGAAGCUGCCUACUGUUUGCGGCGUGUUGCAUUCAUUGAUGUGUAGCAAUUCCUGCCCUCUGGGAUGUGUAAU